AUGUCCACGAAAGCUGAUCUUGCGAGAGGCCCAGGCGGGAGAGACAUCUCUGGCUCUCAGAAAGGAGGCCUAUGGGGCUCCAGCCAAGUUGAUGAGAAUAUGAAAACCAAGAAGUUCAGGGAUAAGAAGUUUGAGGGAUAUUCUGAGCUUAGAGGUUCCCUUGAUGCCUCUAAAAGGAGAGGCAAAGGAGACUCUUCAGACCAGCAAGCUCUUAAACAACUUGAGGAUGAGUAUAUUCUUAACCUUCAGAAGCAAAUUGCUCUGAUGGAGCAAGAACUUAAGCUACUUAAGGAACGUGAAGCUGAGCAGAAUAAGAAUGCUAAUGUAUACAAAGUUUUACUGCAGGAAGGAAUUCCUGUUAAUUCAGAUUUCAUUGCUCUGAAAGAAAAAUUCAAUGAUCAGAAAGAAGUCUGGGAAAACAAACUCAGGAAUCAGGAGGCUGAUAACAAGGGAGAAAUAAAGAAUAAUAAAGGCAAGGAGCAUACUAUUGUUAUUCUCAACCAUGAAUUUGAGGACAUCACUGAUAGGUACAAUACUUAUAAGAAAGACACUACGACCAUCAUUGAAGAUCUUGAGCACAAGAUCUUCAUAGAGCUUAAUACUCUCGACAAGUUAAAUAAAGAUAGGGAUGAGCUCUCUUCGAAACUUUUAGAUCUGGAAGCUCAAAAUACCCAAUUUGAGCGGCUAAUCACUAGGAAUAAGAUGUUCAACAAGAAGCCUGAGCUGAUGAAGCAGAGGCAGGAUGAGUUGAACAAGUGGAAUAAGAAGAUCAAUGACCUAUCCGCCCAGAUCGCAGACAAGGACAUGGAGCUCGACAAAGAUCUUAUUAAGAAGCAGAAUGAGGAGGUCUUAGAGACUACUCAGAAGUAUAAUAAAAUCGAUAUCGAGAUCAAUAUUUCUAAGAGCCAGAUUAAGGAGCUUGAGGGGAUCAAGAAGAUGAAUAAUAGGAUUCUUCAGGACUUGUAUGCUGAGAUCAGAGAUUUAGAAGAAGAGAAUGAAGCAAUGCAAUCUAUUAUUGAGCCAGAUGCUAUGGAUGAUAUGAAGUUUGCAGAAGUGCUUGGAACAAAGGAACUAGAGAAAAAGAUUGACCUUCAGAGCACUAUUGAAUCUGAUAGCAUCUACGUGGAACACCUACUCACAACCAUGAAGGAUGAAGAAGGUAAAGCUAAAGAGAUGCUAGAUGAAAAAGUGAGACUCGAGAACGACCUAAAACUCACUGAAGAAGAUGCUGACAAGCUGCAUGAUCAAGUUAAAGAAGGCUACGAAGAGCAUGUCAGGCUUAAGAGUCUUAAGGACCUUCUAGAGGUCAAAAAAGAACGCUUGACAGCUGAAGUCGAAGACCUUAACAUUGAGAAUGAAGAUUAUGCCAAAAAGAACGAAGAACUUGAGGAAGAGAAUAAAGCUACAGAGGAGAAGAUCAAGAUGAUGUUGAAGAAGAUUGAUGUGAACAACCUUCUCAAGGCAGUCAACAUUGAUGACCUGGCCGCAGCAGCUAAGAAGAACCAGAAUGUGAACAAAGUACUGAUGGCUAUGAUGCACAAAUGGGAGCAAGUCAAUAUUGCAAAUGAGUAA